GUUUAGUCACCAGUCAGAUGGACUAUAAAUUAGAGUCAAGGGCUUCUCACUACAAAAAGGACAACAGCAUAUAUAAUCUCAGCAGAUUCAGCUGGGAACAGGUCAAGGACUUUAACUUGUGAAUUUCAUUCUGCAUCACCAAAGCCAUGCUGCGGAUAGCUCUGGUCUACUCGUUUAUCACAGUUAUUCACUGUGUUUGUGGCCCUCCAAAACUUCCAAAUGGGAUGUUGAAAUCUGAGUACACCAAUCAAGAAACUUACCCAGCAGGCUCAAAAGUGCAGUUCGUUUGCAUACCAGGAUAUGUCCGUAUUCCUGGGACUGUGAACACACUUUUUUGCUCGGACAACUCCAAAUGGGUACCAGAACCAGAAAUAUUUUGUAAAAGAAGAACUUGUGUGAAUCCUGGUGAUAUAGAAAAUGGUUAUUUUGAAGCAGCAGAUUUUUUAUUUGGCUCAAGAAUAACAUAUCAUUGUAAUGAGGGAUUUACAAUGAUUUCAAAAAAAGAUUUUAGGGAAUGUCUUGCUGAUGGAUCUUGGAGUAAUGCUGCCCCUGUAUGUGAAGCUACAAUUUGUCCACCUCCUUUUCCAAUACGGAAUGGCACUUUUCAUCCUCUAAAAGAUGAAUACACAUACCUGGACUCUGUGAGAUAUUCAUGUGAUGACCCCAAGAAAUUCAUGAAUGGUGAAGGUUCAAUUUACUGCAACCAAAAUGGGAGCUGGAGUUCUCCUCCUCCAGAAUGUGUGGCUGUUGAUUGCCCUAUUCCAAAUGUGCCCUAUUCAAGAAAGAUAUCAGGAUUUACUACUCCAUACUCACUGAACAGUGUUGUGAUUUUUGAUUGUUAUAAUGGUUUUCGUAUGAAUGGAACCAGCACUGUAAAAUGCAAUAUUAAAAGCGAAUGGGAGCCUUCACUACCAGACUGUCUUGCUGCCUACUGUAAAGAACCUACAUUGAUUAAUGGAUAUACCACUGGAACCCCAACAUCCUUCCAUGAUACUUUGGAAAAAGGAUAUAAUGUGGGGGAUACCAUACAAAUGAAAUGUAAUACUUGGUAUUCCUUAAAAGGAGACUAUAAAAUAACCUGUGGAUCUGAUUUCAUGUGGAGUCCUGCUGUGCCUAUCUGUGAGAAAUCUUUAGGUUGCAGUUCCCCAGUUAUUUCCAAUGGACAAGUUAUCCUUAAGAAUAACAAGGAAUAUAUUCCUGAAAUAGAUGGUCAUGCAUUUUCAAAUGGUGACACAAUUCAGAUAAUGUGUGAUCCUGGCUUUAUAAUUCAAGAAAGUGAAACUAGUAAGUGUGAUUAUAAAUACCUUAAAGCAAGGUAUAUAUGGACUCCACAACUCCCAGUUUGUGUUCCAGCCAAGAACUGAAACUCACAUUGAUGUAACGGAAUAAUGAACAAUUUUAUAUUCAACAUAAUGAAGAGAGCUCUAAUGUCUGACCGUACUGCAGAGAUAUUUUAACAGAGUACCUUGGGAUAUAUUCAAUACAACAAAUCUGAUUAAAAGGGCUAUUGUGAAAAUCA